UUAUAGGAAACAUCCUCACAAAAAUGGCUAUUCUGCUUGGACUUUUUUCUGCUCUCCUGUUUGUGUCUGAAGCCAUAUUUGUGUACAAUGUCAACUCAACCAUCAUGGACUCAGCACUCCUGGGAUGUAGCGUGCCAGUUAAAACAGACUUGAAAAAUCUUCGCUUUUACUGGCAGGAUGAAAGGAAGGCUGUUUUGUACUCUUUCAAUAAAGGAAAGACAAUGUUCACGCAUGUAAAAGACCCUUAUCUGAACAGGACCGCGGCCUUCACCCAGGAAAUGACGAAAGGAAAUAUUUCAGUCCUAGUCAAGAAUUUGACUCUUGGAGAUAAUGGGAGGAUAUUUGAAGCUUACGCUGCAGUUUUUAAUGGUUCGGAGACAGUGAUGCAGACCUCAAAAGUUUGCCAUGCAAAUUUGUAUGUAACAGUGCCUUACAAGCACCUCAAGCUGGCUGUAAACACUAAAACAAUGACUUCAGUGUGCACGCUGCAUGGUGUAUUUCCAGCUCCUGAGAUACGCUGGACCAUCCACUACAACCACUCUGAAUCCUUGGUUGAGUCGAAGCAUGUCCACACUAAGACAGAGCAGGAUCCUGAAAACUAUUUGUACACCUCCAGCAGCACUCUCCACAUCCCUGCAGAUCAUUACCGAGCCAUUACCUGUCUGUGCCACAACCCCACUUCAAAUACGACUCUGAACGCCACUUAUACUUUAAGCAAAGGUGCAGCAGUGUGGAGUUUACCUGGCCGGACUGCAGGUCUCAUAGUGGCUGCUGCAGUUCUUCUAACAGCUCUGCAGCAGCUGUAGUUCACACAUGAUGGCCUGGUUUUGGUGGUGGACGACUUCAGCUGGUCUAGGAUAUUCAAAGUACACCAAAGUUUGUGUGACUUUUGAUGUAUUUAUAAGUGUAUUUAUGCCACACUACUCCAGUCUUAUUGCAAGCCCAAAUCAGAGACUUUUGAAAAUGCUGCUUAUCCAGUUUCAGUCUGGCCUGGACGGGAAAACACAGAAUGAGUUUCAUGAAUCAGAAAAAUGAAACCAAAAGAUCACACCUAGGAUCAGGUUCCCUGUGUGGUUUCAUCCAUUUCGUGUCAGUAGUUACUUCAGGAUUUCAUAAAAGGAACAAUUGCGCACACAUGUGGGUUAAAAACCUCGAGGUGGAUAAUAAUAGUCCUGCUAGUUUUGUGUUCAGUGAAGGGAGUGCGGGCAGAAGAUGAAAGGAGUAGAGAUUGUGAAGGUGGAUGAGUUUAAAUGUUUGGGCUCGACCUUCCAAAUAGACAGAGCAGACGAGACGUGAAGAAAAGAAACAGAGGAAGACCUCGGAGAUUCAUGGAUGUAGUGAAGGACUGGUGAUGGGGGAGGGUGCUGGGAGUGAUCUGUUUUGAAAAGCAGCAGAAAUCUCCUUUUAAACUUGUUUGGUU